AUGGAUCCGCGAGCUGCGGAGAGAAAACUGAAGAAAUCGGAGUCGAAUCGCUGCAAUUCGCCAUGGUUCUCUUACACUCGCCGGAAACCAACAAAACUCCGGCGAACGAUCGAAUCGAUCAUCGCCGUCUCAAUUGCACUCUCACAUUCCCCUCCAACACCGCCCUUCUCGAACGAGCCUCCAGGUUCUCAGUCUUCGCCGCAGAUAAAUCACUGGAGACGAGCUCAAUUCCCUCCAAUUCAUGUCCCAACUCGCACAAAGUCAAACAAGAACCGGUCGAUUCGGAUUCAAACACCAAUUCCUCUCAUCCAAUUGUUCCCAACCACAAUAAAAAAUCAACAAAGCGAAAAGAGCCAGAGAAGAACAAGGGAAAAGGGUCUUGGAAAAAGAGCAAGCAAAAGCGUCGCAAAUGAGGCCUCCGAUGACGGCGACAAGCUUCCUUACGUUCACGUCCGAGCUCGUCGCGGCCAAGCCACAGAUAGCCAUAGCUUAGCUGAGAGAGCUAGGAGAGAGAAGAUUAAUGCCCGGAUGAAGCUAUUGCAGGAGCUGGUCCCCGGAUGUAACAAGAUUUCGGGUACAGCUAUGGUGCUGGAUGAGAUUAUUAACCAUGUACAGUCCUUACAACGUCAAGUGGAGUUCUUAUCAAUGAGACUUGCAGCUGUUAACCCAAGAAUUGAUUUCAACCUUGAUAGUCUAUUGACUGCAGAAAUUGGAGCUCCAAUGGACAGCAAUUUCCUGAGCAUGGUUAUGCCACAUCAGUGGCCAGAAGGACAAGUCAACGGGAACAGACAACAAUAUCAACAGUUAUGGCAUUUUGAUGGACUUCAUCCGCCAGUUUGGGAAAGAGAAAACAACCUCAACUUCGUUACUCCAGAGAUCUCAUUAAUGAGUUCAGCAUCUCAGAACUCAAAUCAGCUCAAAAUGGAGCUAUGAAGAUGGACUGAAGGUCCACCAGUAGCUAGUAGUGUAUAUAUCGGAUGUAGUAUUAGUAGCUUGCAGAGAAGUAGAGAGGAGGCCUUGACAUUCAACUCGGGUUUCCAUGCCUUCUUUUCACUAGUCAGUUGGAAAUCCAGAUUCAUAUCUCAGCUGGAGAGGAGAAAAUCCAGUAUGUUAUUGUUAUUGCCCCCCCACAUAUAUAUAUAUAUAUAUAUCUUAAGAAUGUCAUUCAAUCUGGUACUACAUGUAUGAAAAGAUUGGUUGUCAUAAUACUGUAAAAACAUAGGUAAGCUAUGCCUUUGAACUAUAUUAUGGAAGUUGGCCUUUUUGUUCAAUGUGCAUUUCCCUUUUUGGAUA